AUGGAGACAGAACUGAAAAUGAAAGAAAAGAUAGAAAGACUGGUUAAAGCAGGUUUUAUCAGGCCAGCCAUUUAUGCUAAUUGGUUGUUCAAUAUUGUACCAGUUCUUAAAAGAAAAACAGCGGCAGUCAGAAUCUGUGUGGACUACAGAAAUCUGAAUGAAGGAUCUCCUAAAGACGAGUACCCUAUGCCUAUAGCAGACAUGCUGGUGGAUGGAGCUACUCAUAACCAAAUGCUAUCAUUCAUGGAUGGCAAUGCAGGAUACAAUCAAAUAAUGGUGGCCGAAGAAGACAUCCACAAGACAGCCUUCAUGUGUCUAGGGCAUAUAGGCGCUUUUGAAUACACUGUAAUGCAUUUUAGCUUAAGAAAUGCAGGAGCCACUUAUCAAAGAGUAAUGAAUUCUAUUUUCCAUGACAUGAUAGGUCAUUCUCUAGAAGUAUACAUAGAUGAUGUGGUGAUUAAAUCUCCAGAAAAAGGAGAUCAUGUAUCAAAUCUAAAAAAUGUAUUCCUAAGAAUAAGACAACACAAGUUGAAAAUGAAUCCCAAGAAGUGCGUUUUUGGGGUCAAGCUGGCAAUUUCUUAG